AUGAGCAGGGAAGAAUUCCGCCACUUCAACGAGAGCACGCUGUCUGCUAUGACGGUUGAGCAUAUCCGCGGCAAGCACGACAAUUUCGGCUGGUACAACAGACACGCCAAGCACCCGUGGUUUGGUCAGGACAAGAAAACAAAUGCGCUUGGACUGAAUAGCGGAAUCAUCUUAAUG